AUCUGGCUUGACUACGUCGCCUGCUUCCUAUUAUAUAGAGUAUCAAGAUUCCUCACUCUACGCGUUGCAUUAUUUAAAUACACUGCAGGAGCGAGUAGGAUCCAAGAUGGCAAAAUCAACGAAAACUUCCAAAGGUCAACCGACGCGCAAGCACAAGAAGCGGCGUUUCUCCCCCAAGGAUCACUUCGCCCGUCUCAUGAAGGAAUCGGUAGAAAUUUCCCCCGAAGAAGUUGCUUCCACUGAAACUUCGUCUGUCGCAUCUACUUCAACCGCUCAAACUGCACCCGCCCCCAACUACUCUAAUAUUCUCCUCAUUGAGAAAUUCCAGGAUGCUCUCGACACUCGGACGGCUGUAUGCCGCCGCCUCGAAAUCCUCGUGCGGAGCUCAACUUUGUACACGCCAUCAGCGCAAGCUCGUUUGAUCAAGUGCUUACGGGAUGACUACAUCCGGGGGGACAGAACAAGGAAGGCCAUCGACAAUCUGCGACAUUCUGAUUUCAUCAGUGCUACAAGCAUAACAAAUCAGGAUUCAGAGUUUAUCACGAAAGAGGUCAUGGAGAGCACGAGACUGUUUUUUGAAGGAAGUAAGGAGCUGCAGGAAAUAGGAGAUCAAAUCGCAGCACAGUUUUCAUAGCAUUGGUCUGUCUCGAUGUCACUUUCUUGUACUGAAGUAUUCUAGCCUAUAUUCUACU